AUGUUCGUAAGCGCUUGCUGCAACGGAACUCGUAACUUAAUUGCGGUUCAGCGUCAACGCCGCGUAAAAACCAGCCGUUCAGGAGGAUUCGCGUGUACAAGGCGCUUUGGACCGCGGCUGAAGAGGCUUCCACGCCUCGUGGCGGCUGUCGAGAAAGAGACCGAAAAGGUCCAGGGGUCGGUCAACGGGUCAGACGCUGACGCCGACGGUGGUCUUCAGGGCUACAAGAGCACUGAUCCGCGAACAGGCGCGAGUCGCGAACUCAGUUUGGGCGAGAAAGAACGUCUGUACUUGGAGGCAGUGUAUUCGUUUUACAACGGGGAACCGAUUCUCAGCAACGAGGAGUUUAACGUUUUAAAGGAGGACCUGCAGUGGAAUGGAUCACAAGUCAUCCUUAUGAACCGAGACGAACAAAGGUUCCUGAACGCCGCUCAAGCGUUCUACAACGGCAAACCUAUAAUGAGCGAUGAAGAUUUCGACGCACUCAAGGAUCGUUUACGGAAGCAGGGCUCCCAGAUUGCCCUACAACAGGGCCCUCGUUGCAACAUCGAAACUGGCGUGUGUUACAGUGACUGUCAAGUUGAUAAGUUGCGGCAAGCGGUUAUCUACGCACCGGCUGCUGGUAUCGGCGCCCUGCUCUGGGCUGGGUUAAGUUUCGAGCUGACCCCGCUGCGACACGUCAACCCGGUCUGGAAUCUGUUCAUUGGGGCCCCCGUCAUAUACGCCUGCGCGCAGCUCCUGACGGGGAUCGUGCUUCAAAAUGAUCCACAGAUUGUGGUCGGAGAAUGCCCAUCUUGUGGAUCGGAACAGCGAGUAUUCUUCGGUGACAUUCUCGGUGUUGAGGGUUAUCGCGAUGUAGCCGAAAUCAAAUGCGAGCGUUGCAAGGCGUCGCUGCGCCUCGACCGCAAACGCAUGCGCCUAGAACAGAUCCCGCGUAUCCAGGGACCAUCCAUCAAACAGCGAGAGAACGUAGCACCAGCGUCGUAG